ACAAGAUGAACAAAUCAAACAUCAAAUUACGAUGCUUAAAAAAAGCGUCGUAAGUCCGUCUUCACUGACUGCUGUUGUUUACACUGUCUCUGAACUCGAUACUAAAGGCGUCCUCGAGAGCACCACGUGACUUCAAAGAACAUCCGCCGAGCGAGCAUUUGCCAGAAAUCACCAAUGUCACCCCACAAGAUGGUGAUUGACACUUAGUUAAAACAUGUAAAACGUUGCGCUAAUUGAAACGACCUUCAAUAAGCACGUUUGUCUUAUUUUUCCUUUCAGUUUAGUGAACGCGUCUGAGCGCACGUGUUCUGUUACACCUGUCAUGUCACUUUUCAAUGCGACUAGUAACUUAAAUCAAAAUGAUGCUCCAACUUUGCGGUUGCUUCGAACAAGCGAGAGUUCUGAUGAUGAUGAGAAGAGAUUGAAAAGGAGAGAAAAGAACCGGGUGGCUGCACAAAGGAGCCGAAAAAAACAAACCAAGAGAGCUGAUGAACUGCAUGAGGCUUAUGAGUGUCUGGAACAAGAGAACAGUCUGCUGAGGAAGGAAGUUCAGUUGUUAAUAGAGGAACAGCAACGCUUGACAGAUGCCCUCAAAGCCCACGAGCCUUUGUGCCCAGUCCUGAACUGUAUGACCUCAACAUCAAGAUCCAUAGUGCAAACUGAGUUUGUGUCCAGAUAGAGCCACACACAUUUGAUGCUCAUAUAGUGUGAAUUUCCAUUCAGGGGUCAAUUAAAUACAUCGACAAUACUUAAAAAGUUCAAAUAAACCUUGGCAGGGUGACUAAAUGGGUUUAUUUUUCCAAUAACAACUGGCUGAUUAUCCCGCUUAUUACACGGCUACUUACAAAAUAAAUGAAUACGUGGAUAUAAAAUAUUGCUUUGCAUUGAAAUUAUGUAAUGAUGUGAGAAGAAAGAAAUAGCUGAACACCUAACUUCUACUGCCGGAGUUCUGUUUUUGUUAUUAAUGACUGUCUGACUGCAAAUUAUCCAGCUCAUCAAAAGACUACUUGCCCAAUAAAUAAAUAAAUGCACAUGGAACUUUUAUUUGAGUUGAAAUUAUUUUAUUAGCUUACUUUUAAAGAUUGUACAGUGAUCCAAGAAGUAAUAAAGAUGACUCUCAAUGCACGGAUGAGCAGUCUGGUUUGUGGAUGUGCGAUUUUUACUCAGAUCACUAAAUGGCGCCACUGACCAAUCAGAAUCGAGUAUUCCAGAGAGCUGUGUAAUAAUAUUAGAUAAUGCUUUAGAUAUAAUUUUAAUAAGCAAUAGGUCACCAUUUAGUUUCAUUGGAUUGGGAAAAAAAAGAUGAAAGUGAAUGGUGACUGAGACUAAUAUUCUGCCAAACAUCUCCUUUUGUGUUCUUUGGAAGGAAGAAAGUCGUAUAGGUUUAGAACAACAGAAUUGUAGUUUUUGGAUGAGCUAUUUCUGUAAAUAAUGUUAACAUAUACAACCUUAUUUUAAAGUAAACAACAUUAUAUUAUAACAUUAUUAUAAAGUGUUACCUGUAUAUCUAUUUAAAUGUAAUUCUUGUAUGCUUACGAUAACAACCACCGUUUGUAUUCUUUAUAACUAAGAUGUAUUAAAGGUGCUGUAAGUGAUUUUAGCGUUUUGAAGCUUUCACAUGACCGAGCCGAUUAAUUAGCCACACCCCCUCAUUCCAAAACCGUGCCCUCCAAAGAUAAUUUUGUGACCAAAACUGAGCAAAAGAGCAGCAUUGUUUGUUCCUGUGGCCGUCAAAUUCCACAGUGGCACAAUAGCGCCCUCAACUGACAAACAUUAUGAAUCAUAGCCUCAAUGAUCCACUUCAAAUGCAACACUAUGAGAACGUGCAAAAUGAUUGACAGGUGAAAAGCGUCAAUGUCCGUGGACACAUUUUUGUUUGCUGUUUACAGAUAGAGCUACUGCUGUCACAGAGACAGGUGAGAUAUCACAGGACACUCAUAUCUUUAAUGGAGUAGAAACAUUUUUGCAUUCUUCUCCAUGAAAAAAAAUCACUUACAGCACCUUUAACUCUUGAGUUCAGUUUACAGUGUUUUCAGUCAGACUCAGGAAAUAAUUGAAUGAUUGUCAAAUUGUUUAAGCUUGAAAUUUCUCUUGCAUUAUGACAUUCCAAAUGCAGAAUUUGUUGUCAUGUUAUCCCAUGGUCAUGGCUCACAUGAAUACAUCCACUAACAAAACCAUUUGAUGUACCACAACUAGUUGGGCUGUGAAUGAAUGACAUGACAUCUGCUUUAAGAUAAUUAUGUGACCAAAAUACCCAACAUGAGUUUAAAAACUCUGUGACAACAUGUUUGUUAUGCCUGCACAUUAUUGUAAAGUAUUACAA